AUAAUAGUCAGUGGCGGACCAGACCAGACUGCCAAUUGAGGCGGGGGAGACUUUGAGGAAACAGGAACAACAGCAAUUCAAGCAUGGAUCAAAGUAGCGAAGGAUGUACAAAAAAAAUUAGCAGUGUGAAUAUUGACAAAUUUAUAAAACAUUUUUCACAGAUAGAAAAGAAAAUGAUAGAAACCAGUGGAAAGAAUAACAUACUAGAAAUUCAGUUGGAAAAGAGUACCUCUUUAUUAAAAGUAGUGCAAACAAAGGAAGCCUCAAUUAAAAAAGAAUGUGCUGCUCUUCAUGACAUGAUAAAAGGGCUACAACAGACCACUGAAUAUCAACAUAAUUUGAGAGGUGAAAAUGAACAACUAAAAAGAAAUGCUGAUAUGACAAGGGAAACGCUGAAAUCUUACAAACAGGACUAUAAGAAUAAUAUUGCCAAACUUGUACAUGAAAUGAAAAUCAAAGAGGAAGAACAUAAGAGAGAAAUAAGCAAACUUUAUCAAGAUAUGCAGAAAAAAGUUGAAUUAAAUGAAGAAAAGCACAAAGAUCUAAUAAAGAAAAAGGAGAUGGAAAUCUCAGAGUUAAAUGCAAAGUUAGUAACUCAAGAAAAAGAAAAGGAAAAGGAAAUAAUCAAACUACAGCUGGAGUUUGAUGCCAAACUAGCAAGAGUUCAGACUAAGUCAAUAUCAUAUCCAGAUUCUACUACUAUUUCCCCACAGAGUAUCUACAGAAGGAAGCUUCAACAUCUUCAAAAAGAAAAAAGCACGGAGACUGCAGGUCUUCGUAAUACCAUUCACAAUUUGGAGCAGCACCUUUCUAUCGGCAAAGAUUCUCACCUUAAACGUAGACAAUUUUGAGUAUAACAGUAAAUUCAUUAAUUACUAUUUACUUUUUUUCAAAGC